AUGAGAUUGCAAUAUCCUUCAACACAGUCAAUUUGGUUCACUAGAUUCUUUACAUCCACCACUUCAUCUGAUUACUCCUCUCGGGCGUCUGAAUCUACAGCCAAACGUGCUCAUCUCUGCGCUGCACUCAAAUCAGAUAAGAACGAAGAUCUCAAUCUGAUAUCAAGCAUACAGGAAUAUCUACCCCAUCUACUGGCACUCGAAAAGUCAGCAUUGAACGACUCCAUAGUCACAAUCGCAGACGAUUUCUUCCUCUGGACUGUCCCCUCACAGCUCUCACCCAAAGGCAAAUCAACCUCGUCUAGCAGCCUUACAUUCGAGGUAGUACAUGUUUUGCACGUCCAUGCACUUGCAUUAUUCAACCACGCCCAGGGCUUGGCAGACAAGGUCGGCUCAUAUGAUUCGAACCCUCUUUUACCAGACAGUAACAGAAAAGAAUGUGAGGAUAUUCUCCAAUCAGCCGUAUCAGCUCUGAACCUCGCGGCUGGUAUGUUCAAGUAUAUUUCUGACACCGCGAUCGACAAUUAUGAGGGCGCUAGAGAUGCAGACACUCCAAUUCUCAAUAGAGAGUACAACAUUGGUCUUUCUAAGCUUAGUUUGGCAGUUUCACAAUCUCUAGCAAUCAGGAAACUAAUGUCACCUCAUCAUGCUUACACUUUACAGAACCCUGGUCCACCAUUGCCAAAAGCUCAUCCUUCACCGCAAAUUCUACUCAAAUUGCAUCUGGAUACAUCCUCACUGUAUAACUCUUCACGGAUGAUGUUAAAAAGUUCUAUCAAAUCAACUCUUCGCGUUCAGCACGUCGACUUACCUGCUGAAUUAAAAGCACAUACAAAGAGAAGGGAGAAAUUCCACGCUGGUGUCGCCAAAAAGUGGCUCGGUGUCGACGCUGCUAACAGCGGUCACACGGGUUUAGCAAUCGCCUGGCUAAAAGCAGCCUCAGAGGAGCUAGCUGAGAGUGUGACUUCAAGUUCCUCUGAAAAACUCAAAAUAUUAAGCAAGAGCAUUAGAAAGGCACGCGAUGAACGCAAAAAUGAACUUGACGUUGAGUUGAGCUCUAUAGACACAUACUUCAAAGCAUACAAGCAACUCAACGACACGGUACACUUCCAAGAUAUACCCCCAUCUCAGUCACUUUUGUCACAAAUACCUAGCGGAAGAUCACUUGUCGCAGCUACACCCUACACUCCGCCACCAGUCGCCUGGGUAUUACAAGACACACCUGAAGAAAAGGAGAAUACUUCAGAUGCUACAACAAGAUCUACAAACACUCAAUAUGCAUUACAAGGAAAGUACUUUUAA